UUACUUCUUCGUUCGACGUCGAACGGUGCGGACGGUCGAUCGUCGUCGGGUUGGGCAACCGUUUUCUUUCGGUUUCAUUCGUCUGCCGUUUUCGUGGCGGCGCUGCGCAUGCGAAACAAAUAGAAAAGCAGAACCAAGUGCGAAAAGAACUAGACCAAGAACGAAAAUACCUUCGAAGUGACAAAACGAAUGCAAACAAACAGCCAUAAAGUGCAGCGGGAAAAUGCAGUCCAAAUAAGUGCACAGAUUCUUACCUCGCAUUAUUUACCUUUGUGCGUCGCCAGCAGUAUUCAGUAUUUGAGCAGCAUUUCGACUCGGACUUAGUCGAUCGCUAUUCACGAUCGCUCAUCGCUUAUCGCAUGCACAAUAGCAUUUUUCGUUCCCGUACACCUUUGCGUUUACCUUACCCAAUUUCGUACCGCCCACAAAACGCCGACGCCGCGGCCUCUUACCACCACAGUAUCGAUUUGAGAGCUCUAUUUAAAUACCUGCAGCCUUAUCGCCGUGCCGCGCAAGAGGCAGCGCCCAUUAGCACAUUCUGAAGAGGAAAGGCACUCCCGAGGAUUAUUCAAACAAUUCGUUUGUGUGUCUCCGUCUCCGCCCGAUGAUAAGAUGACCACCGUCGUGGCGUCCAGGUGCAAUAGUGCCAUUCAUUGAAGCCAGACUCCUUGGGCACCAUCAGAUUAGAAACCACGAAGAUUCCCCAUUUCCCCCACACGAUGAGCACCCUGCGACCCGUCAGCGUUUGCGAUACCACGCCGCUCCAGAGAUUCGAGAGCCAGAGCAGCAGCGGUGAAGAGCCUUCUUCGCCGACGGCUUCCAGUAUUAUAGCCGCCGCUUCAGGCCCCAAUCACAACAACAACAACAAUGUGAAACUUGACCUGCAGCUGCCCACCUUCGUUGAUAGCACCCGUAGCCAGGGUUCACUGUACGCGGUAGCCAGCAACAAGAAGCCACCGCUGCGUGGACCACGACAAAUCUUCGGAAGGAUCCUCACGGACCUCUGUUUGCUCAGCUGCGGUUCUUUUUGUGAGGGGAGCAUUUUUCAUUUGAUUGUGCUGAACUCAUUUCCCCAACAUCAUCGUCGUUGCUAUCGUUGUGUUUAUACUGGUCCAAUUAAGGCUGGAUCAGCAGACCUUGCCCAUAAAUGAAUUGGACACCACAACUGUGCUGGGCCACCCAAAAAGCCCCACUCGAGUUGCAAGAGAUAAAAAUGUGGGGCAUAUAUCUUUAAGCGUGCUUCUGAUAUUCCUAUCCUUUCAGUUGGUCUACCUAUGCUGGGAUUUUCGCUUUGGGGCGAAGCGGUUAAGCGCGGAUUCUUCUGCGAUGAUUCCUCCUUGAGGCAUCCAUAUCGAGACUCCACCAUGCCCAGUUGGAUUCUCUACUUGAUGUGUGGCGCCUUGCCUCUUACUGUGAUGCUUGUGGUGGAGUUCUUUAGGGGACAGGACAAGCGAUUGCACAGUCCAUUUCCGAAGAGCACGAUGUGCAGUGGCUAUCAUCUGUGCCACUUGGAGCUGCCCACUUGGCUGGUGGAGUGCUACCACAGGAUGGGUAUCUUUAUCUUCGGAUUGGGCGUAGAGCAGCUAUCCACGAACAUCGCCAAGUAUUCCAUUGGACGGCUGAGACCUCACUUCUACACACUCUGUCAGCCCGUCAUGAAAGAUGGCACCACUUGCAGUGAUCCCAUUAACGCUGCUCGUUACAUCGAGGAGUUCACCUGUGCGGCGGUGGACAUUACAUCGAAGCAGCUAAAGGACAUGCGCCUGUCCUUUCCCAGUGGACAUGCUAGCUUCGCCUGCUACUCCAUGCUCUACUUGGUGAUUUACCUACAUCGUAGAAUGCAAUGGAAGCAGUUGAGAAUGCUGUGCCACCUGCUUCAGUUCCUGCUGCUCAUGUUCGCCUGGUAUACGGCUCUCACCAGAGUUUCCGACUACAAGCACCAUUGGUCCGAUGUCUUGGCAGGAUCUGGCAUCGGACUGACCUACGCAGUCGUCGUGACAUCGACUAUGUGGUAGGCUGGAUCCUUGACUUUUCGCGGGUUCCAAACCCCAUCAACCCACCGCGUGGAGCUGCUUUCGCUUUAAGAUGUCUUAUCUGGCGCAAUUUCAGUUUUAUCAUUGUUUUAAUUUGACCAUGUCUGCAUAGGAGUAUCUAUUUAUCUAUGUGUGAAGGAUUUUACUUAAUAAACUUCAGUUCAAUGUGUUUUACCAU